AAAAUCAAACCCUUCCCACCUUCCCAUUCGUCUUCGUCUUUGUCUUCCUCGUCUUCAAAAUUACAUGGAUGUCACUUCUUCACCUUCUCCCGAACGUCACAGAUCCAGUGAUUGCGCCAUCAACAACGACGAACCCAACAAUGACGAGAAUGAGGAGGACGACGCCGCCCCCGCCAUCUCCGCCGUGGGUUCCUCUCCAGAGUAUUUGAAUCCUACGGUUCAGAACACAUCCUCAGCACCCACCGACGAAAAUCCACAAAAGCUGAUCGGUAGGAGCAAGAAAAAGAUGAAGAAAAGAGCUGCGAAGGAUUUCUCUGCUUCCAAAUCGUCGACGUCUUCUUCGUCUUUGGGUUCGUUUCAGAGAGGCACGCGCGUGGCGUGCAAGCGCCGAAACCCCAUUGUUGUUUUCGGGACGGCGCGCCGUAACCCUGUUGCUGAUGCGCUUUCGUUUCGUCUGGGAAUGUCAAUUGCAGCCUUCGUAGCUCAGGUUCUGGAAAAGAAAGAUUCGCCCGGAGAAAGGAUGUCUGCUGAACAUCUUACGCUGAUCUGUGCUUCAGCUGUCAGAGAAUCUCUAGCAAAUGAUUUUGGGGACACAUUUGAUAGUUUCGUACGGAACUUUGAAAAAUCGUUUGGGAGCACUUUGAGAACUCUUAAACUGAUCAAUGAAUCAUCUGUAAAUAAGGGAAGAAAUCAUUGGAGUCAACUAAAUUUAGAAGGUUCUACUUCAGAUGUAUAUCACAACAAAGGAGAUCAUAUAUGCAGAGAAGGUUGUUCAAGCAGUCACAAUAUUGGCAUCUGUCGGUCAGAAGCAGUUAUCCAAACUAAUGGAGUUCAAAAUCAGUUAAAUCAUAGCAAAGCAAUCGAACAGAAUGAGCUAACGGAUUCUGUUGAUCUAGACCUUGACCAGCAUAGGCAAACAAACCAGAUGAUUUGUGUGUCUCCAAGCCCACUUGGAUCUAUAAUCAAUCAGUCCAUGCGUGGCACUAUUGAGAAGUCUGUCAUGGAGCAAACCCGUUCUAACGACCUUAAGUCGUUUGAGCUUGGUCUUACAAUGAGAAAAUUGAAGUUGAAAGAAACAGAGCUAGCUCUCAAUUUUGAGUCAAAUAAUCUGGAGAGAUCAAAAUUAUCUAUGGGUAUGUCAAAGGCAUCCUUCAAAGCUGAAAAGUUCAAGACUCAGCUAGAGGACUUGAGACAUGCUGAGCUUCUUAAAAAGUGCAUAGAUUGUCUUGUUGCUGGUUUGCUUCUUAUGGCAGCAUCCCUCUUAUAUGCUACCUAUAUUUAUUCCUACAGAAAAAUUGCCGAAGCUACUUCAUCCUGUAUACCAUCGCCAAAGGAGUCCAGCUCUUGGUGGAUCCCAAAACCAAUGGCAUCUUUCAAUUCAGGACUGCACAUUCUCAGGUGUCAAGUUCAAGUUGUGAGCAGAAUGCUCUUUGGUAUCUUAAUGAUUAUUGCAGUUGCUUAUUUGCUUCUCCAACGGUCAGGAUCAUCAAAACAGACCAUGCCGGUUACAUUUAUAAUCUUGCUCUUAGGAUUUGUCUGCGGUUUCGCAGGCAAACUUUGCAUAGACACAUUGGGAGGGAGUGGGUAUCAUUGGCUCCUGUAUUGGGAGACUCUAUGCCUGGUGCAUUUCUUCUGUAAUGUACGCACAUCCACUGUGUUCCUUAUCCUAUAUGGACCACUCACUGUCUCUGAGAGAGUGAAAGGCAACACAAUGCUUCCUUACUGGCUUCGCCGAUGUAUGUUCUAUGGUAUCCUGCUGUUUUUCCUACCAUUGUUUUGCGGUCUUCUACCUUUCGCAAGCCUUGAUGAAUGGAAAGAUCAUUUUUGGCUGCUGUUCGUUGAUUAUCUACUCGUAACUGAUGAGUGAAGCUAGAUUUAAGAUCGACAUAUUUUGGCUUGAAGGUUUGAUCUACAUGUUUUGGCUUGAAGGUAUACUUUUUCUUUUAGCGUAACUUGGCUUGUAUAAUAUGUCUAGUGUCACUUUUGUAUCCUUCCAGAACAGUGGGGGUAUAUAUUUAUAUGAGGGUAUUUCAUUUUGAAUCUGAAGAUUUUAGUUUGGGUACUUGAUGUGUAAAAUGUAUUUUCAAGCUGUUGUAUUUUACAACAUUAGUGUACUAGUCUAAAUUAUGAAAAUUAUUUUAACUUUCAUUUGUAACA